CUGACGUUGGUUGAAGGAAGGCGUUGCUGACGCGAACGAGUGGAAAGGGAAAAUGGCGGACCUCGAAGACGUUAAACUGGACGGGAGGCCGCUACAAUCACUUCGCGUGGCGGAUUUGAAAGCUGCUUUAGAGGAGCGCGGACUUCCUAAAAGCGGACAGAAAAAUACUCUCGUUAAGAGACUCAAAGGGGCUCUCAUGCUGGAGAACCUCCAGAGAACAUCACACCAUCACAUAGGACUGCAGCCAAACUCCCAGAUUGGUGAAGAGAUGAGCCAGAACAGCUUCAUAAAGCAGUAUUUGUCAAAACAGCAGGAGCUCUUGAGGCAGCGUCUGGAGAGAGAGGCCCGUGAAGCAGUUGAAGAUGAUGAUACAGACAAAGAGGACCACACACAGGACAAUAACAGCGCUGCCUGUGCUGCCCCAGACCAGGAUGUCUCACCUGUGUUGGUUGACCAGCACAAACUUUUUGGCCUCUCCGAGGGAAAGGGACUAGCAGGCCCAGCAAGAGAGGGAGAGGGGCACAUGUCCAGAGACGGCCAUGUGUCUCCUCCACCUGCCCCUACCUCUGCUGCUGUUUCCUCUCUGGCUGUGCGUGUAGCUGUUGACGAGCAGAGACCAGAGAGAGUCCCAACCUCUAGUCAAGUCCCAGCAGAUAGUGAUGAUGACGCUGAUGAGGACUGGGAUAGCGGUGCCAGGAGGAGGAAUCUAGGAGAGCCACCAAGAGGCCAACUAGCAAGAGCAAGGUCUGGAGGAUCCCGCCAACACCCACAGCACAUUCCCCCCCUAUUGUCUCCGCAGCUUCGACAGCCUACCCCUCCUCCCUCCCCUCCCCCAGAGUUAUCAUUCCCACUGCCUGAUACCCCUAAACAAAGCCCCCCUAGUCCAGGUGAGCCCCCAGCUAGGCAGCGUACUUCCAGUACCUCCAGCUCUGGCUCCUCUAGCAGUGGCAGUUGUAGUAGCAGCCCAGAUCCACAAAGCAACACAGAGCGCAAGCCUGGCCCACUGACCCUGCUGGCACGCAAAAUGGCAUCAGAGGGGGCUUUCUCUGGAGUUGGGUGGCAUGGGCGUGGAGAUGCAGAGAGGCAGGACAACAAUGCUGCAACUGCAACAAUGUCUUCUGGUAGAGGUCCUCAAGAGGGCACAGUGUCUGCCAUCACCCACACAACCAAUGCUGCAGCCAGUUUGCCCUUCCCCAGACUGGUUCCAGUAACAAACCAGGGAGCUCUUGGAGGCCAUCUCCCCCACAGUGAAGUUCCUGUGAGUGUGCUUAGGCCCACUAUUAUGGAAGAGAGAGAUGCUGCAUGGCCGCAAGAAAACAACAAGGAAAAGGAGCUGCAGGCAGAGAGUGAAAGAGAAAAAUCCCCUGAGCAAGAGCGACUUGGUGCCGUGGAGCAGGAAAGACUGGAGAGGCAGAGAAUAUUUGAGCAACAGCAUGCUGUGGAGCAAGAGAGGGAAAGAGCUUUGGAGCGAGAGAGGAAGGAGAGAGAGAAAGCUUUGGCGCAAGAGCGGAAGGAGAGGGAGAAGGCUUUGGCGCGAGAGAAAGCUUUGGAGCAAGAAAGGAAGGAGCGGGCUUUGGCGCAAGAGAGGGCACAAGGUCUUGAACGAGAAGAGGAGGAAAGAGAGAAAGCUUUGGCAAAAGAGAGGGAAGAGCGAGAGAAAGCUAUGCAAUUAGAAACGCAGAGAGCCAUGGAACGAGAGCGUGCUUUGGAGCAGGGGAAGGAGAAGGCUUUGGAGAGAGAGGGGGAGGAGAAGGCUUUGGAGAGAGAGGGGGAGGAG